CUCUUGACAAAAACUGUCCCGAGCAGGAGGACGAGGAGUGUUCUGCUUUACUCAAUGGACGCGUUUUUUGUUGUUAUUGUUGUGUAUAGUUUUACAAUAGGCGACCCAUUUUUAGGCCCUGUAACGUUUAUUUCCUAAUAAGUUACCAAUAACUGGCUGUAUGGCUGAAAUAACGUUAGCUUGAACUUAUUCUGAGGGCUAGCUUCUCCAAUCUGAGCUAACGUUAUACGAGCGAGGAGACUCGUAAAUUUAUUUGUUUUUCAUGCUAUCGAAAAGAAGUUGAAGAAAGAACAUGACAUUUUCUUAUCAUUUUAGAAUAGCUCAGGAAACACAACUCAUACCUUCCUGUACAACAUGCCGCACACAGACAAAUGAUGCCAGUGGGUUGUUUACAAAAGGAGAUGAUUGGAAAUGACACUCUGGUAGCACAAGAAGACACAAAGACAGUUAAAACUUUCAGUUGCUCCUGUUUUUUUCGGAUUAUUUCUGGAAUAAUUAAUUCCAGACUAUGUGGCUUUUUCACUCCAUCACUGUGAGGAAAACCUUGAUGCAUUCACUCAUGGAAAACACAAGGUGAGUUUACAUUUGCCCCCUCUCAACAUGCUGGCUCUGAGGGUGGAGCAGGGCGGCCGAGGGGGUGUUGAGAGUGAUGGUCCGCAGCAAAAGGCCACCUUGACCUGGCAGGGCCGGCAGUCAGGGAAGCCCUCUUCACAUGAGCAGGGCAUUAGCAUCAGGGAGAAGAUUUCCCAAUGGGAAGGUCGCAGUCAGCAAGGCAGCAGCCAGGAUGCUGCGGUGAAAGUGCACCCUCCAACUGUAUCCCGAACUCUGUCUGGGGAUCUCCUGGGCAAUGGAUGCUCCAAUGAGGGGUCGAGAGGGCGGCCUCACACAAAAGCCAGCCACUCAAAAACUAGGAGCUUUGGCUUAGAUUUUCGGGAAUCCCCAGCACAAACUGGACAUGGUGUGGUUGGUGGGAAAUCUGAACCUUGGUUGAAAUGUUCCACUGAAUUUUCAACCAAAUUCCAGGGAAAUAAGCCACUGUCCACACAAGUCUUUGCAUCUCCCAAAAUAGAGGUUAACACUGCUAACUCUAUAAGUAAACAAACCUUCAGAGGGGAAGAUGAUCAAAAAUUGGAUCCUAUCUUGGGUGUUGAAGUAGUUUAUAAACCUCUACGAGGUUUCUGGCGUAAGCUUGAGGGGGAUCAACUGUUCUGGGAGAAAGGCAGAGAGUUGUCAGGUGAAGCUCAGCCUCCCCCCAAACCUCAGCGGACAUUCCAGUAUCGGGGAGCCAACAACAGCACGGGGUACACAGUGACAUGGGACAGGAGAUCCCCUCAAAACAACCACUCCAGAGUGACGAGUGUAGCCCACCCACCUAGCUUCCCACCUCCUCCAUGUCCUGUUGCAAAGACUGAUGGGCUUUCAAGACAUAAAAAGAACAGGAAGUCCUUUGAGUAUGAGGAUGCAGCACGUCUGACAGCGAAGCAAGGCACGCUUGGAGGGGAGGCCCGGCACUCAGGCCUUUACCAUGCCUACUCUGAAGAUAAUAUUUAUGAGGACAUUGUCUGUAAAGUGAACAGAGAAAGCCCAUAUGAGGAUGUCAAGCUGUCUCCCAUGUGUCUCCCUAAGCCUCAAGCCCCAAAGCUGCCUCCUAAACCCCAAACACUGCAAGGCUAUGCUGGCGAAGUGGAGUGGAAAGGGCUUCAAGCAUUAACAUCAUCCAAAUCCUCAACUGUUGCAUAUCACCUCAAACCAGCUACACCCCAGAAAACACAGAGGACACCUCAGUAUGUUAACAAGAUUGAAACCAUCUUUGAUGACAAGCGAGGGAGGAAGAGAGUGAAGAACCAGGGAGUCUCAGUGAGAGAGGAGACCAGUGGGACAGAGAGUGACCCCGAGGACAACGGCAAAGGCUCCAGGAGAUUAGUUUACAAACAAUCUACACUGAAACGUCGGCCAGGCUACCGCACCCUGGAGAGAGACCUGAUCCAGAUGCAGCAGCAGCAGCUUUUCCAGAUCUUCGUGGUGGUGUCACUGAGAAAAGGCUCCGUAGGAAAUGACUACUUCCCUGAAAUUACACAACAGUUCCCCAAAGUGUUUGACAAGUCCUUGCGACUCUCCAGGGAGGCUGAGGAUCAGCUCAAGGUCAUUCCCAAGUUCUGCUUCCCCGAUUCACAGGACUGGAAGCCUUCUGCACACAUGCCAAGUGAGACCUUCUCCUUCGUCCUAACCGGAGAAGACGGCAGCCGCUGGUUUUGUUACUGUUGUAGGAUCCUGCCCAGUGGAAAGGGGAAGAGGCUUCCUGAGGUGCACUGUAUUGUUAGCAAGCUGGGCUGUUUCAACCUGUUUGCAAAGAUUCUGGAGGAGGUUGAGAGGCGCAGGGAGAUUUCCCCAGCGCUAGUUUACCCUUUUAUGCGUACCGUGAUGGAGGCACCGUUUCCAGCCCCUGGACGCACAGUUACAGUCAAGAGCUUCCUCCCUGGCUCUGGGAAUGAGGUACUGACUUUGUGUCGACCAGUGGACUCAAGAUUGGAGCAUGUGGACUUUGACAGUCUGCUGCAGUGUCUCAGUGUUGGGAAACUCCUGCAGGUGUUCGCCUCCCUUCUGCUUGAGAGGAGGGUCAUCUUCAUUGCGGACAAACUCAGCGUGUUGUCUCGGUGUGGCCAUGCAGCACUGGCACUGCUGUACCCCUUCACCUGGCAGCACACCUUCGUUCCCGUGUUGCCAGCCAGCAUGCUUGACAUCAGCUGCUCCCCAACCCCCUUCCUCAUUGGGGUGCUGGCACCCUGCCUGCCAGAGCUGCUGGAUCUGCCCAUUGAGGAGGUGCUCAUAGUGGAUCUGUGUGCAGACAAGUUUGUCAUUCAGCUGGGUGAUGAAGACUGCAUCCUGCCCAGUAAGCUGCAGGCAGCACUGCAGCAGAUCCUGGAGGAGAGGGAAGACAUGCUGAAACAGGAGAAUAGAGACAGAUGUGAAGGCCAGGAGGCUGACCUGAGCUCCUUGAUGUCAGAGGGUUUUGUGCAGUUCUUUGUAGAGCUGGUGGGCCACUAUCCUUUACAUAUGGUCGAGUCCUCCAAUGGAAGCAGGGAAUUCCAGCGUGAAAGCUUCCGCAAAUCUCAUCCCUCCCGUGGAGUUCGCCAGUUCCUGCAGCUCUUCAUGGAAACCCAGAUGUUUGCUGGCUUCAUUCAGGACAAAGAGCUGCGCAAGGGAGGAGGAAGAGGUCUCUUUGAAGUCCGAGUGGCCGAGUAUGUGGAAUCGUACACUGAGCCGGGGCUAAGUGGUGUGAACAAAUUCCUUAAAGGCCUGGGAAGCAAAAUCCUACAAAUUUUCUAAAUGAAAGACUUAGUCCAGCAGCACAGUGUUCUAUGGUACCAGCUGAGGAGAUGAAUGGGCUGGUGACGAGUACCAGGACUCUUGCUAUAGCCACGUCUGAGAGCAGAGCAUGUCUCAUUGGAUGGAAAACUGGAAACACUCCGUUAGGGGGAAAAACGGUUUUAUAUUGCCUUCAGGAUCAGGCAUCCUGUUUACUUGUAAAGCAUUUUCCUUAUUUGGAUUCACCUCCAUUGCACAAUUACAUUUCCAUCGUGAUGUCCUGUUUUGUAAAUUUUAAUUACCCUUGUAACCUUCCUCUCAGUAAAAACUGUAAAAAUGUUCACUCUGCUCCAAUUCCAAGGAUUUAUCAACUCUGAUCAGUGUUUGGACUCUAGGUUAAACCUCUACCAAAAUGAGUAUUUACAUUUUGAGAGAAUUGUUUUUGUCCUUGUUAAAAGUUUUAAAUUAGUUUUAUUUUGCAGGAAGUUGAA